GACGUGCGUUGUUUUGAUUGGGGUUUCUUUGCAUCAACAAUUGAAUUGAUGAUAUGGUAAUAUUAUAUUGUUAUUGUUAUUAAUAAAGUCAUGACUAGGUCUGGACCUUUUUAUAAUCGAUUAUCCAUCCUGGUCAUCUUGGUAUUUGUGAUUAAAUUGAUGAAUAAUCUUGCAUUGGUCGUCGGAGAUGGUGAAACUGAUGAGAAUGUUUUUGAUUCAUUUAAACGAAAAACAUCGAAUCUAUUACCAAACUGUGAGAAUCACAACGCUGGUGAUGAUGGUGAUGUUAGAAAUUAUCUGAUUGCAGUCACAUUGAAUGGUAAAAUCAGCGUCAUCAACGCCGUAUGGGGAACAAUCAAAUGGACGAAACAGAUACAAUCGAAACCAUUGAUAUCAUCAAACAUUGGAAAUGUGAUGAAAAUUCACGACAAUUUCGGCGAAUUGAUGCAAAUAUUGCCAUCACUGGAUGGCAACCUCUAUGUUUAUCAUGGCGAUACGAUCAAGAAAACUCAAUUUUCCGCAGAAAAGUUGCUCAAAAAUUCAUUCAAAUUCACUGACAAUAUAAUGUUGGCUGGUGGUCAGGAAAGCAAACUUAUCGGUCUGAAUAUAAACAAUGGCGAUCUACUGUAUGAUUGUGGCCAUUCAGGCUGUUCACACGAUAAUGAUUCGACCACAUCUUUGAUGGAAGAUGUGGUUUUAGUGCGCAAAAAUUCGCAAUCAGUUCGAGCCAUCAAUACAUUGACUGGUCAGGAAGAAUGGCACUUUGUUGUGGAUGAUCCUCAAAUAGUCAAAGUGGGCACCAAUGAAUGUCAUCAAGGUCGACUGAAUACGAAUACAACGUCACCAUACACGAUUCAAUUCAGAGUGAUGCUACCGAAUGGUCGUAUCACAUCAUUGGUUCAUUUUUCCAAUGAUUCCGCUCAAAGUGAGAUAUUCAACACUUGGACCACAAGUCUCGAUUCUCCGAUCGUAAACCUGUGGCAUUGGCAAAAUGAUGAUUUGAUCAAAGUGAAUCUAUUUGACACACAUAUCAAUAGUUUUGAGGCAAUAAUCCCGAAAAAUGAACAAAAGAAACUUGGAUAUUUAUAUCUUGGUUCAUACAAUAAUAAUUACUACAUUCAAGCAUCAAACGACGCAAAUGAUGCAAAUCAACUGGUUCCGUACUAUGAAGAGAGUGAAAAAAAUGAACAACGUAAACAAGCAUUCAUAGCGAUUAAUGAAUUUGAAUCAAUCAAGAAUGAGAAUGGUCAAUCGAAUACACAAUUGGCUGUGACGCAGACAAAAUUUCCAUUUCUUCGUGCUAAAUUGACUGCCAAUAAUAAUGCAACAGGUUAUCUAGUGUUGCAUUAUGACCAACAUGAUGACAAGUGUUCGGCAUCGAUCGAUGCUGAUGCUGAUGAUGAUGGUGGUGAUGAUGGUGAUGAUACAAUCACGGUGAUCGUGUAUGCUCAGCUCAGUUACUAUUGGAAAGAAAUUCUAUGCAUUUGUAUGAUGUUCAGCGUUACCACCAAUACGUUGUGGUGUCUUUUCAAAAAAUAUUGGUCCAUGAUUUUUUCAACCAAAAAUUCUGCUUCUGCUUCUGCUUCUGAAUCAAUAGAAGAAAUUGGUGGCUGUUUCACACCCAACGGAACUUGUACGCAACAACCAAUGGAAGAAAUGACGAUGGAGGAGAAAACUGUUGAGCAUUCGAGCAACCAAUGUUACAAAUCCAGAUAUGUCGAGGAUUUCGAACAACUCAGUCUUCUGGGUAAAGGCGGUUUCGGUAUGGUUUUUGAAGCUAAGCACAAAAUUGACCAAAGUCAUUAUGCUGUCAAGCGAAUCACGAUACCGGCCAUUGAAGAGAAACGUCAUCGAUUUAUGCGUGAGAUUCGUGCCCUUUCCAAAUUGGACCAUGUCAAUAUUGUUCGCUACUACAAUGCAUGGGUUGAACAGCCACCUUAUGGUUGGCAGGAACAACAAGAUUGCCUGCAUCAUUAUGAUUUGUCCACCAAUUCCCACCUUUUGUCGACGCAAUCCGUAUAUCCAGCAAAUUUGAAAUCAGAAGGUGACGUUAUUGAUGAUGAUGAUCAUAAUGAUGAUGAUGAUGAUUCACUGGAGAUUGUGUUUGAAGAAGCUUCGAAUGAGAGAAUGGUUUUAGAUCAAAGUGAUGGUGACAAUAAAAAAAAGCCAACACGUGAUCAUGUCAUUAAACAGGUGCCAAAAGCCUACAUGUACAUUCAGAUGCAGUUGUGUAAGAAAGAAACGCUUAAAGAUUGGUUAUUCGAGCAUACGGAACGCAAGAAAAACGAAAUGAUGUACAUUUUUGUCCAACUGCUCAAGGCGGUCAACUAUGUUCAUAAUAACAAUCUUAUUCAUCGCGAUUUAAAGCCAUCAAACAUAUUCUUUUCGAUGGAUGGCCUGGUGAAAAUUGGCGAUUUUGGUCUGGUCACAACCAUCGUGGAUGAGGACCACCACCACCACUGUGAUCAUGAGUCCGAAAUGAAUUCAUUACGAAAUGAUCAUCACACGAAUCGUGUGGGAACACAAUUGUACAUGAGCCCUGAACAAAUUAAGAAUGAGCCAUAUGAUCAUAAAGUGGACAUUUUCUCCAUGGGAAUCAUCCUCUACGAAUUAUUGAUGCCAUUCCACACCGAAUCGGAAAGGAUUCAUCAGUUGCAGAAUGUUAGGCAAAAACGUUUGCCCAGUGAUUUUGACAAACAAUACUCGCAAGAGAAAACAAUCAUUCAGAAAAUGAUGGCCGAUUCGCCCAAAGAUCGUCCCGAAUCAAUGGAUUUAUUGGUGCACGAACUAUUCAAUGUGAAUGGUUGAACACACACACACAGUAUUGGAAUAUUUGAAUAUCAUGACUGUACAUAGUAAUUAUAUUAUUCUUGUGAUAUAUUGUUCUGCCUUGUUCAUGUUUUAUUUCUCGUUGAUUAAACACCAGUUUUUAGAUCUGA